GCCGAAUCGAUGGCCGCGGUGCCGCCGGUGGCCAGGAAGGUGCCGCGGGAGCUGGUGGAGCACGGAGACGUCCGCGUCGACGACUACUACUGGCUCCGCGACGAUGCCCGCGCCGACCCGGCCGUGCUCGCGCACCUCGGUGCCGAGAACGACUACACCGCCGCCCUCAUGUCCGAUGCAAAACAACUCGAGGAUGAAAUAUUUGCUGAAAUCCGAGGAAGAAUCAAGGAAGACGAUAUAGACGCGCCGCUUCGCAAAGGGCAGUAUUACUACUACGAAAGAACCUUGACAGGCAAGGAGUACGCGCAGCACUGCAGGCGUCUUGUACCGAUCGAUGGUCCUGUUACAGUCCAUGAUGUGAUGCCAACGGGACCUGAUGCGCCGGCGGAGCACAUUAUCUUGGACGAGAAUGUGAAGGCUGAGGGCCAUGACUACUACAGUAUUGGGGCUUUCAAGGUCAGUCCCAGUGGGAAGCUAGUUGCUUACGCAGAAGACACUAAAGGCGAUGAAAUCUACACCGUUUUUGUCAUUGACGCGGAGAGUGGGGAAUACGUCGGGGAACCUCUUAAGGGAAUUACUUCGGAUGUUGAGUGGGCUGGUGAUGACAACCUUGUCUACAUAACAAUGGAUAGCAUUCUUCGUCCCGAUAAAGUAUGGCUACACAAGUUAGGAUCUGAUCAGUCGGAUGAUACUUGUCUGUAUCAUGAAAAGGAUGACACGUUUUCACUUGGUCUUCAAGCUUCUGAAAGCAAACAGUAUUUAUUUGUUGAAUCUGGAAGCAAAAACACAAGCUUUAUAUUCUACCUAGACAUACCCAAUCAGAGCAAGGAACUUGUAGUUUUGACACCUCGCGUAGAUGGCAUUGAUACAACAGCUAGCCAUCGUGGAAACCAUUUCUAUAUUAAGAGGCGAAGUGGUGAAUUCUACAACUCUGAAUUGGUUGCUUGCCCAUUGGAUAAUGUAGCAGAGACCACUGUCUUGCUACCACAUAGAGAAAGUGUAAAAAUUCAGGACUUCCAGCUCUUUGAGAAUCACAUUGCUGUAUAUGAGCGUGAGAAUGGUCUACCAAAAGCAACUGUAUAUCGGUUACCAGCCACUGGAGAGGCAGUUGGGCAACUCCAGGGAGGACAGUCGAUUGAUUUUGUUGAUCCAGCAUAUGCAGUGGAACCUGAGUCGUCACAGUUCCAUUCAAAUGUUAUUCGUUUUUAUUAUAGCUCAAUGAGGACGCCACCUUCUAUUUUUGACUAUGACAUGGAUACGGGAGUAUCGGUGCUGAAGAAAAUUGACGCUGUUUUAGGUGGAUUUGACGCGUCAAACUAUGUUACAGACAGAAAAUGGGCUGCUUCUUCUGAUGGAACUCAGAUUCCCAUGACCAUUCUAUACAGAAAAGAUAUGGUGAAGCUUGAUGGCUCAGACCCCGUUCUGCUAUAUGGAUAUGGCUCGUAUGAGAUAUGCAUAGAUCCAAGUUUCAAGGGAUCAAGAUUCUCUCUAGUGGAUAGGGGUUUUAUAUACGUGAUAGCUCAUAUCCGUGGCGGUGGUGAAAUGGGGCGGAAGUGGUAUGAAGAUGGGAAACUGUUGACGAAGAAAAACACUUUCACUGAUUUCAUUGCUUGCGCUGAGCACUUGAUAGAAAACAAAUACUGUUCCAAAGAAAAGCUUUGCAUCAACGGGAGAAGUGCAGGUGGCCUAUUGAUGGGUGCUGUUCUAAAUAUGAGGCCUGACUUAUUCAAGGCAGCUGUUGCUGGGGUGCCUUUUGUUGAUGUUCUCACAACUAUGCUUGACCCAACUAUCCCGCUGACUACAGCUGAGUGGGAGGAGUGGGGUGAUCCAAGAAAAGAAGAAUACUAUUAUUACAUGAAGUCGUAUUCUCCUGUUGAUAACGUAAAAGCCCAAGAGUAUCCCCACAUUCUCGUUACUGCUGGCUUAAACGAUCCUCGCGUGAUGUACUCAGAGCCUGCUAAAUUCGUCGCGAAGCUGAGGGAAUUGAAAACAGAUGGCAAUCUCCUGCUAUUCAAGUGUGAGCUUGGUGCUGGGCACUUCUCAAAGUCGGGAAGAUUUGAGAAACUGCGAGAAGAUGCCUUCACUUACGCGUUUAUCCUCAAGGCACUGGGCAUGACUCCUCCAACAAAGGCUUAGGACGGUCAUGAGCAAUAAUUUUCUACGGUAGAGAAAGGAAUGCAAGCCCCCCCAACUCCGAAGCAACGGGAAUCUGCUCCUUCAGACCAGGACUCAAAUCAGAUCAGGGUUGCCAGGGGAGUAGUAGCAAAGCAAAACUGCAUUAAUGAAGCAAAGCUCUUCUUCGAUUUCAGAGAAACUUUAACAGAUAAUGCUCUCCCGCAAAGUUGAAAUCCAGGGGUUGAACUGUACACGCGAUCCUUCCUUGUACUAUUAGUUCUAGCAAUGGCUGCCCUUGAGUCGCGUGGAUCUUGAUUUGAAUUGGAUAAACAACAUGAGUACUUUUAGUGAUGAUCGAUCAUUGCACAAGUAACUUAUCGACUUUGUGGUAGCAACUUCAUUUGCAUGCUGUGA